UGUAUAACUUUAGAUAAAUGUCCUUUUAAAGUUUAUCUUUUUAAUAUUUCACUAAACUGCUAAUACGAAAUGUUUUGUACGUCAAGUCAAACGCUGCUUUAAACAAUAACUCCAUAUAAAUAUGCAUCAACUUUGAAUUUUCAGCUCAAACAAAUGAGUAAACUCUGCAAACUUGGCUGCAAAUUUGAACCAAAAUCCCUCAAAAAUGGUGUAACUCAAUCUUGUUUCAGAUUCUUAACAGUUUCAUCAUCUUUACAUCAUCGCUCCGAAGAAGAAAACUAUACUAUUAUUCGUCGUAAUAGACGAACCCAACGCCAUUAUUUAAGCAAAUUAUUAUUCACAUUAUCUACAACCCAUUGUAAAGAAAUCCACACCCAAGUGAUUCUUUGUGGAUUUGAAAACAACCCUUUUCUUAACAACAUCUUGAUUCAAUCGUAUUCGAUUCGGGGGUGUUUGGAUUAUGCACGCAAAGUGUUUGAUAAAAUGCCUAAAAGGGAUAUGAUUUCUUGGUCUUCUGUUAUUACUAUGUAUACCCAAAAUGGGGUUUAUGAUGAAUCACUGUCGCUUUUUGCUGAGUUGAGGAGAAGUUGUAAAGAGGGAGGGCCAAAUGAGUUUGUUUUGGCUAGUGUUGUUAGUUGUUGUGGAAGGUUAGGUAGUAUUGUGAAAGGUGAGGAAUUGCAUUGUUUUGUGGUGAAAGCUGGUUUUGAUCAGUUUGUGUAUGUAGGGACGUCUUUGAUUGAUUUUUACUCGAAGGGUAGAGAUGUAGGGUCAGCGAGGCGAGUUUUUGAUGAUUUGGUGGUGAAGAGUACGGCUACUUGGACUGCGAUUAUUGCAGCGUGUGUGAAUGUGGGGAAGAGUGAAAUUUCAUUGCAGCUAUUGAGGAAUAUGUUGGAGACUGAUGUUGCACCUGAUAAUUAUGUGGUUUCGAGUAUCUUGGGUGCUUGCUCGUCGCUUGAGUAUAUUAAAGGAGGAAAGGAAAUUCAUGGUUAUGUGCUUAGACGGGGAGCGGAGAUGGAUGUUACGGUGAGUAAUGUGCUUAUUGAUUUCUAUAUGAAGUGUGGUAAUGUAAAGACUGCAAGGUCAGUUUUUGAUAGAAUGGAAGUUAAAAACGCUAUUUCUUGGACAACGAUGAUCUCUGGAUACAUGCAGAAUUCUUCUGACUGGGAAGCCAUAAGCAUGUUUAGAGACUUGAACGGUUUGGGUUGGAUUCUAGAUAGAUUUGCUUGUAGUAGUGUACUUAUUUCUUGUGGGUCAGUUGAAGCUUUAGAGCUGGGAAGACAAGUGCAUGCUUAUACCGUGAAAGCUAAUGUUGAUUCUGAUGAAUAUGUGAAGAAUAGCUUGAUUGAUAUGUACGCGAAAUGUAAUUCAUUUGGUGACGCAAGGAAGGUUUUUGACAUUAUGGGUGAUCAUGACGUAAUCUCUUACAAUGCUGUAAUUGAGGGUUGUUUAACGCAGAAUAGGCUAUAUGAAGCUUUUGAUCUAUUUGCUGAAAUGAGAGAGAAUCUGAUUCCUCCAAGCCUUUUGACUUUUGUUAGCUUGCUCGGUGCAUCAGCUUCGCUUUUCUCCUUGGAGUUAAGUAAGCAACUUCACGGUCUUACCAUAAAAUUUGGUUUUUCUGCUGACAUGUUUGUUUGUAGCAUCCUAGUAGAUGUUUACUCGAAAUGUUUGUCUAUUGGAUAUGCGAGGCAAGUAUUCAAUGAAAUGAAUGAAAAGGAUAUUGUUGUAUGGAAUUCUAUGUUGUUUGGGUACAUACAACAGUGUGAAAAUGAAGAGGCUCUAAAGCUCUUCCUACUAUUGCGGCAGUCUUUGCAAAAGCCAAACACGUUGACUUUUGUUGCCCUCAUUGCUGCAUCUAGUAACCUAGUAAGUCUGCUUCAUGGUCUCCAGUUUCAUAACCAGAUUGUAAAACUCGGCCUAGAUUUUGAUCUGCAUGUUACAAAUGCACUCGUCGAUAUGUACUCUAAGUGUGGUAGCUUGGAAGAAGCACGUAAGAUGUUUAAUUCCACUAUCCAGAGAGAUGUCGCGUGUUGGAAUUCUAUGAUAUCCACUUAUGCACAGCACGGAGAAGCAAAGGAAGCUCUUAAUAUGUUUGAGAAAAUGAUAAAAGAUGGAUUGAAACCCAACAAUGUCACCUUUGUUGGAGUACUUUCAGCAUGUAGCCAUGUUGGUCUUGUAAAAGAAGGAUUUCGUCACUUCUAUUCCAUGGCCGGGUACGGUAUUGAACCAGAAAUGGAGCAUUAUGUUUGCAUGGUGUCUCUCUUGGGUCGAGCUGGUAAACUGGUCGAAGCAACGGAACUCAUUGAAACAAUGCCAAUUCCACCGGCCGCCAUUGUCUGGAGGAGUUUGCUUAGCGCGUGUAGAGAAGCUGGUCAUAUAGACCUGGGUAAAUAUGCAGCAUCAAUGGCGAUAUCAAUAGAUCCAAAAGACAGUGGAUCAUAUAUCCUACUUUCAAAUAUUUUUGCAUCUAAAGACAUGUGGAUCAAUGUCAAAAAGUUAAGAGAGAAAAUGGAUAGCAGUGGCGUAGUGAAAGAAAAAGGGUGUAGUUGGAUAGAAAUAAACAAUGAGGUUCAUUUGUUUAUUGCAAGAGACCGAAGUCAUCACCAAACUGAUUUGAUAUAUUCAUUUUUGGAACUUCUGAUUCGGAAUAUGAAAGGGAUCGGAUAUGUUCAUGAGGAUACUACCUUCUCAAAUGAGUAAAAUCUCUAUGUCAUUUUUGCCGUGAUAUGCUAUUAUCAAGAACACACUGAGCUAGGCGGUCGUAGAUGCCCAAAAUGACAAUUAGAAGUUUCUUCUUUGAUUUGGCAGUGGAGUUUUAUCCAAUCAGACCAGGUACAAAACUGAAACUGUGGAACAAUAUGACCUCUUGCUACAAGGUUUUUGCUCUGGAUGGAAGAUAUGCAAGCAUAAGGUGUGAUACACCAGAUGGAAUCUUGCCGAAUAUGAUCGAUCGGGAGAGUAUUUAUUGUGUGCUGUGUUGCUAAUAUGUUAGGGAUGUGUGUCCUUGUGCAGUUUGGGAUAUAUGUGUCAAUUCAUACCUGUUGCUUGCAGUUUUGUGGAUAAUCACUACAUGCAUGAUCAUCGUGACUGAGAACGUGCAAACCGUGUUUGUGAAGCCCCACAAACAAAUAUACCCUUGUGUGUGAAGACAACUACCUCAAAUUCUGAUUACUCGACAGAUUAUUGGGAAUCCUAAAUUUCAUUUGCCAGAAGGGAAUGCAUCCUUCGCACCAAGACACGAGGUGGUGGUUGCAUGUAGACUCAAUGGUUACACACAAUUGUGCUCAAAUCCAAUUUCCUGGUGUCGUCCUUCCAAACAGGUUCUCAAUGAAAAGCAAGAAUACGAGCGAUGACACUAUGAAGUAGCUAUACAUGGACCAUCAUUGUCAAUAUGCAGCAAAAUUCUUGCUUAAAUAGAUACACUUGGCAUUGUGUAAAUCUUCUCAAGAGUUGACACUUGGAAAGAUAGCCAUUAUUGGUAAGUCCUUUUUAACUUUUUGAAUCUACCAAAUAAUGCUUUAAAAGGUAUUGUUUCUAAGUUUUGAUUCAUCACCUAUUUUAGAAGGUAAUGGAGUAAUAUAUGUUUCUAUCGAAGGUUGUGACGAAAUGAAUUAAAAAAAUAAUUCGGUUGUAUGUUCGAGUUUUGAAAAAGGAGUAGACCUACUUUUAAGCUACGAAGAAGUUUAAUAGUUUUGAUUCAGGUCUUAUACUUAUACAGUAUGAAUCUGAAUUAAUCGAUCCAAAAUAGGUCUAGAUAUUAAAUGGAAUAAACCAAAAAAGUACUAUGACUAUCAUCUCCUUUUGUAUAGUAGGUUGCUAAUUAUUUCAAUUACACUUUUCAAACUUUUUGAUUUAAUUACAAGAUAUGUUUUUAAUUAUAAUUUACAAUUGUA